AUGCACGCUGGGCUUUAUUGUAAUGCUGCAGGAGUUCGACCACUUCAUUUGCGUAUGAGAGAAGAUGAAGGAGCAAACACCAUUGACCUUGCGGAUGCCAACAAUGUCCUACAAAGAUCAAUAAGCGCAGAUCCUGCCAUAAUGUGCCUUCACAACAAAUUUUAUGCCUUGAAGGGUACACUGCCCGAACAUUUCAACAUUGAGAUGAAGCAAAAGGUCAAGUCACAUGCCAAAGCAGAAGAUAUUGUGUUCUGGAAGUGGGUGUCAGAUAUCACCAUCAGUAUGGUCACUGACACGGCUGUGUACCACUGGAACAUCUCAGACCAGACGUCCCCACCUCAGAAAGUGUUUGAUCAACAUGCAACACUGGCUGAUGCUCAACUUAUCAACUAUUGUGUGACUCCGGACAAGAAAUGGCUGGUUCUCAUUGGCAUCACUGGCAAAACAAUGAAUUUCUCGGCUUUCAAGGGGCGUGUAGCUACUUUUGCAGAGCUAAAAUUUGACAGACACCAACAUGCCACCAAAUUGUUUGCGUUUGCAGCCAGGACAACGACUGGCACCGAACUUCAUGACAUCAAAAUCAACCAUACAGCUCCUGAUCCUGCCUUUGUGAAGAAGGCAGUAGAUGUCUACUUCCCUCCUGAGGUGACCAACGAUUUCCCGGUGGCAAUGCAAGUGUCGAAGAAACAUGGCAUCAUUUUCCUGGUUUCAUUCACCUGUAUGACCUGGAUAGUGGCUCAUCAUGAAGCUUCAAACGGUAUCAAUGGUGUCAACAAGAUGGGUCAAGUUCUUUCGGUCAGCGUUGAUGAACAGAUCAUCAUUCCGUAUAUUUUGACUACUCUCAAUAACACAGAGCUCACUUUCAAGCUCACCAGUCGUGCAAAUCUCUCUGGCAAGAAACACCUUUUCUCAGCAUUAUCCAAAGCGAAAGGUCUCUUGGUGUCUGUAAAACAAUCCCGUGUAGAUAACGACAGUGUCAGGCAUCACUCGAGCACACAGUUUGACCAUCCACAAGUACCAUUGCCAUCUUACGGCAAGGUCAAUGAGACAUCAAAUGUAUCUAAUGUUCAUUCAACUCCGCCAGAAAUGCACCCUAUGCAGGAAGUGUCAUGUGAUGCUUCAUUGCACAAUCCACCUGCUUCAGCAAGUGAUGUCAUUCUCAGCACGGCAUCUAUGGAAAUAGAUGAGGAGGGGCAGUGUGAUGAUGUGCUUCCACAGCCCCCACCAAGUGUACCAUUCAGUCAGACUGUACAAGAACCGGAGUCAAGCUCACUUGCAAAUUCUAUUGACGCAUCCAGCAGGACUCCUUCAUCAUUACCGGCUCCUCCUUUCCGUACAGUGAGGAAUGUUUUUGGGCUGGUACGCCAGUUCUUCUCAGCGACUCCCCCAUCUCAUGACCUGGAAGAGGUUGUGACACUCCAGGACAUCAGUUCUAUCCCAGCUAAUACUUCAGCGGAGCUGGACAUCGCUGCCGAGCCUCACGACAUUUCAUACCAUCCAUACCCCAAUUGA